AUGACUUCUCACUGUUCCCCCACUUGCUGCUCUACUGAGUCCUGUGUCAGGGCUUCUAAUCUUCCGUCUGCUUCAACCUGCUCAGUGGAAACAACUUGUCUCCCCAAGGUCUGCUCUACAUCCACAUGCCAGAACCCCAGCUUCCUACCCAGGUCGCACUUGCCAGCUGGGUGCUUUGCCCGUUACUACUUUGCUGGGAGCUGUAGUAGUCCAUGCUUGGUGGGGAACGGUGCUUGGUGUGAGGAUGUGGUGUUCAACAGCAAUGAGAAGGAGACGAUGCAGUUCCUCAAUGACAGACUCGCCAGCUAUCUGGAGAAGGUGCGCGGCCUGGAAGAGAUGAACGCAGAGCUGGAAAGCAGGAUCCGGGAACAAUGUGAUCAGGAGAUCCCAUUGGUGUGUCCCAAUUAUCAGUGCUACUUCAACACCAUUGAAGACCUCCAACAAAAGAUCUUGUGCACGAAGGCAGAGAAUUCUAGACUUGCUGUACAGCUUGACAACUGCAAACUGGCUGCCGAUGACUUUAGGUCAAAGUACGAGGCUGAACUGUCUCUUCACCAGCUAGUAGAGACUGACCUCAGUGGCCUGCGCAGGAUCCUGGAUGAGCUGACCCUGUGCAAAGCUGACCUGGAGGCCCAGGUGGAAUCUCUGAAGGAUGAUCUGCUUUGCCUUAAGAAAAACCAUGAAGAGGAGGUCAACUUGCUUAGUGAACAGCUUGGUGACCGGCUCAAUGUGGAGCUAGACACUGCCCCCACCAUCGACCUCAACGGGGUCCUGGAUGAGAUGCGUUGCCAGUAUGAAACAGUGCUCGCCGACAACCGCAGAGACGUGGAAGAAUGGUUUGCUGCUCAGACAGAGGAGCUAAAUCAGCAGCAGCUGUCCAGCACGGAGCAGCUGCAGGGCUGCCAGAGAGAGAUCCUGGAACUGAAACGCACAGCUAGCACUCUGGAGACUGAGCUCCAAACCCAACAAAGUCUGACAGAAUCUCUAGAAUGCACUGUGGCAGAGACCGAGGCCCAGUAUAGCUCCCAGCUGGCCCAGAUGCAGAGCCUGAUCGAUAACGUGCAGGCCCAGCUGGCCGAGAUCCGCUGCGACGUGGAGUGGCAGAACCAGGAACAUGAGGUGCUGCUGGACACGAAAGCCCGGCUGGAGUGCGAGAUCGCCAUGUACAGGGGCCUCCUUGAGAGGGAGGACAGCAGGCUUCCCUGUAACCCUUGUUCUACAACCUACACGUCAAGCAAUGCCUGCGAGCUGUGCUCUGCCUAUGUAAUCUGCGCAGUUGAAAAUUGCUAUGCUUGA